CGGCCAGCUGGGCAGUAAGUCACAAACGGUGGCCAGAAGCGGUUUGGUGGGUUUUUGCCAGAACCCAAGAACUAAGCUCUUGGAAAGUCGUCAGUGGUUCGUUUCGAUCGGGACUUUGUGCAACUUUGGAAGAGUGCGCGCCGGAUUGCAUCCGAUUUGCUUUUUGCCGGGUUUUGGAAUCAAGGCCUGCACUUGCAGCUGUUUCGACUGGAGUUCACUCGUGUGUUGGCUGGUGCGAGCGCAAUACUGGCCGCUGGUGCUACUGUCCGGAGCAGCAAGCAUCCGAGAUGCGUGAAGCAAUCUACCGUGGUUCACAGUUUAAGGCACGUUGAAACCGCAAGAAUACUCGGUGUUGGAGUUCGAUGAGGUGUGAUGAAAUUAUGUGCAGAAUUAAUCGCGAGUGAAUCGCGUUCAGUGCUUGGCAAAGUCGCAAGAAGAUAAUCUAGCCAAUCGAUAUGUGUUUGUGCAUUUCUUCUAACGUUUAACCGAAUGAAUUGAGUGCGGGUGGCAGAAGUGUGAAGUGUUUAGGCGGUGUAAAGCAACUACUGGUAAAUUUUUAGGAUACUAGAGCAGCUGUGCAAUAUACGGAAAACGGAGUGCAGCGCAGCUGUUGCACAAGUCAAACGGAAUGGCUAGACCGGCAAUGAUGCCUGCGUCGGUGCUUCUAGCACUGACCACUGUGGUGUUGCUGGUAAUGGUGGCGGUGGUAGUCGAGUCUAUAUCCAUUACGCCGGAAAAUAAUCACCACUACGGAGGAGAAAACCCCGCUGGGACGAACGGAAGGUUAGCGGAAGGUCACUAUCCACUGCGCCGAUAUGCCAGCGCCAAAGGAGUAGGCCGGCCGUCUUCGUUCGCAAAUGCAGGAGGCGGUGAAGGAAGAGGCGGAGGAGGAUUUCGGCUUGGAUCGGGACCCAAGAAACAGCCACCUCGGCUGAUGUCCCGAGUGGACAAUGGUAACAGCAUCAAUAGCAACAGCGUGAUUUCACCGGUGUUCGGCAACCAAACGGCUGACCGAUACCGACGAUUGAUUCCCUAUAUGACGUUCUACAUUCCAACGCCCAACGGAGACUAUAGUUUACCCAUCAAUCAGGCGUACAAUUAUAUGCCUAUCCGCCCUCAACGACCACAAGAGCAGCCACAGCAUCACCAUCACAGUAGCAAAUUACAAAUUCUGUCACUUCAACAGCAUCAGCGUCAACCGCAGCAAAGUGGAACCGGAAUUGGGGGAGAUCCACCACUCGUGUAUCAAUCCUAUCAGCCGCAGAACCAUCAAUCGUCGCGUUAUCAAUCGUCGUCUUCACAGUCUGGCUCACCUUCUCAAGGACCAUCGAAGAUCAACAAUUACCCCGGAAAGUAUGAGUACUCGCAUCGUCCUCAACAUCAGCCGUCACAAUUCAAUCCGUCAAGCUCAGGCAAUAGCCGCGACACAAACCUUGCCCUCAUUUACAGCGCUAAAGCACAACUGCAGCAGCAUCAGCAACAGCAACAACAGCAACAUUAUCAAACCCCAUCAUCCAAACUGUAUGCCAUUGAAGUCCAGUCUCCCUCUGGUAUCAAGCCGCAACCGACAAUACAAUCUAGUAAAGGAGCAGGCACCUCCGGAAUCGAACUUAAUCUAAUCGUUGCUACCCCAGCUUCUGUCAACGAGGAGGCAAGAGUGCCUGGAAAGUAUCAACCACAACCAACGUAUCAACAAUAUGCGAUAAAUCCGUUUCUACCAUCGAAUAAACUACCAGGCCACUUUACGCCGAUACACAAUGGCGCAGGAUCGCCAUCCGGCCAUCAAACGUUAGACGACGACCGAAGUGAUGAAGUAGACGAAGAUACACCACCACAGCCAAGGCCUUCACCAGUCUACACUCAACCAAAACCGCAAACUACCUACGUGAUUCUAAAACCUUCCCAUGAACCCAACCAAUUGUACUACCAGGAAAAACCAACUAGACCUUCGCCCUUAGCUGGACCCCAUGCGACUUACAAAGAAAAACCAAAUUAUCUGGACGAUUCCGACGUGUACAAUUCACCGAAGUACGCUAAACCGAUAUACCUCAAUGAACAGGAGGUUUACAAACCUAUAACAAAAUCAGUGUCAGCUUCGAAACCAGGCUACAUAGAAGAGCCGGAAGUCUACAAACCCAUUCCAAAAUCUCAGCUCAAUUUUCUUAAGUCGAGUUACUUGGAGGGACCUGAGUUCUAUAAACCAACCCCGAAGCCUAUACCUAUUCAUAAACCUAGCUAUUAUGACGACACUCCGGUGUACAAGCCUGCUCCAAAGCCUGUACCAAUUUACAAAGAGAACUCGGAAGAGCAUCUUCCUUCUGCCAAACCUAUUCCUGUUCCUAUCCCACUAGGUAUCGACUACUCAACUCCCCGACCUGUAUCAGGUGUAGUUGAAUAUUCCACUCCCCGGCCACAUCCGGCAUCAGUUCCGAAGGAAUCCCAUCCUAACCGUUAUAUUCCGGCCGCAUCUCCGCCGCAAUAUCCGUCGACAGUUCGUCCCAAAUUUUCCGUCCGACAGAAGCCAGCUCCCAAACACAACCGUGGUUCCACUAAAGUACCCACGUUUCGCCAACACCUGACCGAAAAUCUUGACCCUUCGGACAUACGAUCCCCCAGCCCAAGUUACUACGAUCAUUAUCCCGAUUAUAAAUCUUACGUUAAGCCAAACUACUACCCAACACAAGCGAACUAUAUUCCCGCCGUGAGUCCAACGAAACCCACGAAGUGGGCGCUUACAUCCCCGAACCCCAACUAUCAGCAACCUCGACCGGUGUACCAGCAUCACAAACCACAACCAGUAACCCCGACCAGCAUAGUCGAGACGGCCAGUACAUCCGGUUCCACUUCAUUGGCCGAUUUGCUGAAAAAAUUGCAAGACAGUAACCAUCUGCCGAAAACACUGACCCCCGAGAACAUCGACAAUUCCAUCCGAACGUUGGUCAAAAUUUUGAACAACCUCAAGGAAACACAACAGAUUCACAAACCACCAUCGCAUGACUAUAACGGCGACCAGGAUCACGACUACGACUACCAACCGGGACCGGUUUCGACUGGACGUCCUGGUAAACCAAUUGGCAACCAUGACGACGACGAAGAGAACGAUCACGUGAUGCCGCACCACCAUCAUCCUGGCGUGGGCACCACGCCUGGACCGAACUCUGGCAGACCUGGUAUCGACUAUCCGAAUCUUUCCGAAAUUCCGGCGACCAGUUUCAGCUGCAAAGAGCAACGCUAUAAGGGUUUCUUUGGCGAUCCGGAAACCAACUGCCAAGUGUGGCACUACUGUGACCUUAACGGCGGCAAAGCUAGCUUCCUCUGUCCGAAUGGAACUAUCUUUAGUCAGGUUGCUUUAACCUGCGACUGGUGGUUCAACGUCAAGUGUUCAACGACUGCCCAACUCUACGUGUUGAAUGAGCGAUUGUACAAGUACAUUCUACCCUUCACACCCAAGUUCCCAGAGGAUUACAGCGGACCACUGGUUGAUAAGUAUCUCGCCAUAAAGUUCCAAGAAAUGGAGGAUAAAAUGAAGAAGCAGCGGGCCAAAGGUAAACAAGUUAUCAAACCACAACCGGAGAACGAAAACGAUGAACUGAACGGGAACAAGCUGGAGGACAAUGACAACCGGUACAAUCAGAACCAGCCGCAUCCUAUACAGUAUGUAACGGAGAACUCACUGGAAGCAUCAGUCGGAACGGCGGCUCCGAUUUCUCCGUCGACCCCCAUAACGCUGGAAGAUAUCAAUUCGGAUUUCGAACGAACUGGAGGCCCCUCGAGGGACGAUUCCUCGUCAAUGGAGACGGGUGACGAGAGCAAUCACAGCAAUUCGCCGAUCGUGGUUACAGCCCCAAGUGCUCCUGCUAGCUCGAUCGGAGCAGAGGAUGACGACGGCAGUGAAAUAGGACCGGUUGUUACGUCGUUAAGUCCUAUGCCAUUAAAUGGCAUGUCGCGCUAUGCCUUGCCGGACCCGGCUUCGGUAAGACCUCAUGGUUCCGGACCCACGCAGGUACUGCGGGAUGUGGGGAUCGAGGUGAAAAACGAUGGCACCAGUGGCCACCUAACACCAAGUCGCGACUAUGAAAAAUAACAAAACGCGCGUGAUCGUGAUGAAUUUCUGUGAAUAGCGCUUUUAGUAGGUUUACUAGUUGUUCGAUAGAUUAAACUGUAGCCAGUUUCUGUCAGAUUCUCCCAGCCGAAAAUCUGCAUCCUUUGGCUAGAGACUGCGCUCUAGUUUAAGUGCUGGGUACUGAAGCAAUUGUUUACGGAUGAACCAGCAUGGUUCAGAGAUUACGAGUGAUACCGCAAGGUUUGUACAAGUACUGUAAUUUAAAACACACUAUUGUUUUAUAACUUAAUUUCAUUUAAAACUAGUUUCAUAUUUUGUACUCUACAUGUUUCGCUUCUUGAAUACACCUUAAAUUAUUGUCAUUCGCUGGCUAGACUGGCUUCAAUAACCACCUGUUGCAUUCACCUUAAGCCAAAUAAUGGUGAACAAUUCGGUACUUGAAAUCGAGCAAACGAAGAAAACAAAACAGAUAUCGAAUCAGUUACCCGUAGCUUAAUACAACUAAAUAUAAAAAGUGCGUGUGCGAGUGUUAUGAACGGAUAACAGAUUUCAUGCCUGCGUAACAAGUCAGCAAAGUGAGAGCGUGUUACAUAUAUACCAAUAAACUUUGAAUGUAAUAAAUCUGAUCUGAAGCGACUGACAUAUUAAAAGCUGAAACCAGUCUGAGGACGGUUGAAUAUUAUAGCGAGAAAAGAAGCGUAUGCAAUCGUGUGAUAGCCAUAUUGAUAAAGAAUUAGGUUCUAAUAAGAAAAACUGUAAAUUUGAAAUA